AUGGUUUGGAAGAGAAACCCUGCUACAUCUAAUAGCAAUACUAGCAGCUCAAAUAGCAACAAUAAUGGCAUUAAUGAUAUUAAAGCUAGAACUGCCACUUUAGCAGAUGAAAUCGUUACAUCCAUUGAAAGUAUCCCUUUGAAUGAUUACAAAUUUUCAGAAAUAGUUUCAAAUACAAUUGAUCAAUUACUCUUGUUUAAUAAUAAUCAAAUCAUAUCUGGACGUUUUCAUUCAGUAGAUGAUGAUUGGUAUCAAAAGUCAAGAUACAUUUUGCAACAACAUUUUAUUCAAAAGGCUCAAAUGGUAAGACCAUCAAAUAAUAAAUGCAAUACUGUAACAUUAUUUUUAAUGUCUCAUUACGAUAAUUUUAGAACAAAACUAUUCUAUGACAAGCACAAGCACAAAAUAGAGGAGAUUCAUUUAUGGUUUGAGAAAAAUGAAAAUAAAAAAUUGAUUAUGACCGAGUUUGAAAAUGAGACUUUUAAAGAUGACGAUGAAGCUAUUAAUUCUAUUUUUAUUGAGUAUUACGACAAAUACAUAAACACUGAAAAUAAUGAUAAUCUUAAACCCAGUAAUACAUUGAUUAAUAAUAGUAAUGAAAUCAAAAUAAUUGAUUUUGGAGGAACAACAGAAGAAUACAAUCCUGAAUUCAUAUUCAAUAAAGAAGCUGAUUGGAUUUGCCUAAAGCUGUUUAGAAAUGAAUUUAAUAAUAAUCAAUGA